CCUUCAACGCAACAGCUGUCGGUCACAGUCGGUCGUUAGAAAGAUACCGUCCGGAAGAUAAGGAAGACAUCUCGUUCAGUGUGCUGCAAAACUUACGUUCCGAACAUCACAAUGUCGUUUUCCAGAGCAAAACUUACAAGAUUCAAUGAAAAACUACCUUGCACACCUUCUCCAGCGGAUUACAAUGUUAAAAUCGGUAACAAGACAGCCGGUGCUGUUAUUCCAAAGACAGAAAGAUUUCCGGACAUUAAAAGUCCCUUAGUUUCCGAGAGCGGUUCCAUAAAAUCUAUGAACAGUACACCAUGUUUCCGGACGCCAACGCUACCCAAAAAGAAGAAAUCGAUUUUUGCAUCGUUUUCCGCGCGAAAAACGAAACCAACCGAUCUUUUCAAAAAAAAAGAUGAACCAGAAAUAGAAGCGCUCAAAGAAAAAAUUGUUGAAUGCAAAAAUAAAGAUCAAUCCAUUAAGGACCUAACAGAACAAAUCGAGGAAAUGAAGGAAUUAAUGUGUUGUUUGAAGAGACAAAAGAUUGAACUUGUAGAUGAUUGCAAUAGGUUUAAGGAGACUGCAACUGAAUUGAAGGAAGAGCAACGAAUGGUAUUAGAAAGAAUUUAUUUAGAACACGAUCAGGAAAUUCUAGAUUUGAAAAAUAAAAUUCAAAAAUCGGAAGUAAAGUUUUUGCGACUUCAGGAAGAAGAAAGGCUUUUAAAUGAACAAAAAGAGAAGCUAAUUCAAGAUACAAAAGAAUCAUUGAAUAAACACAAAACGCUGUAUGAGGAAACAUUAGAAAAAUUAAACGAAGAAAUUAAAAGUAAAGAGGCGGCUGUGGCGGAAGCAGAUAAAAUAAAAACAGAGCUGGUGGAAAGUAUAGAAAAAUUGGAAAGAUCGCACGCAUCAGAAUUGGAAAAAAUCAAAAGGGCGCACAAGGAGGAAAUGAUGCAGCUGGAAUUUGAAAUGCUCAAAACAGUAACGGAAAUGCAGAGCACAUUGGACAAAGAAAUCAAUUGCAACAAGGAAAAAAUUGUUCAUUUAGAGGAACAUAAGAAAAAGGAAAUAGAUACUUUACAGAUUAAUUUCAAAGAAGAAAAGGAACAAAUCUUUAAUGAUAAUUACGCCAAGUUGAAGCAAAUCCAAGAAGAUAACCAAGAAGCUAUAGUAUUAGCUGAAAUGCAAUUACAGGAGAAACUCAAGGAUGUCGAGUUAUCUUGGAAAAUCAAAUUAGAAGAACAAAUGAAGGAAUCUGAAGCGAUACUGAAGGAAUGUCAAGCGAUCAGCGAAUACAACAUAAUACAGUGUGAAUUGGAAAAGAAAAGCAUCAAAUUAGAGCUGGAUGCUAAAUUGGAAGAGUUAGGACAUUUGGUUAAAGAAAAUGCGGACUUGGAAAUAUCUUGUAAAGAUUUAGAACUGAAAGUCCGAGAUUACGAAAAAACAAUAACAACUUAUAAUGAAGAUAUCAAGUACGUGGAACAAAUUGGAAACGAUCUACGUGCAUGCAGAAAGGACCUUCAGGAUUCGAUUAAUCAGAAGAAGAUGUUCGAAAUCUCCAUCAGCAAAAGUCACGAAGCUAUAGAGACUUUGAAGAAACGUCUAUUAAAUUCUGAUCGAGAUGUGGAACAAUUAACAGCUGAAUUGGAAGUUUGCGAAUUAUCGAAACUCGAAACUGAAGGGAAAUGCAAUCAACUCGCCGAAGAGCUGAACGUGGUUGUUAAGUUAAAUGAGGAUCUUGAAUAUAAACACGAACAAACAGUAAAAGAAAACCAAGAACAAAUCUUGAACAUUCAUAAUCAACUGAUGGAAAGAAUUGAUUAUUACAAAGAGAAGUUGGAAAAUGAAGUGCAUAUUUUAACGGAUAAUAUCAAAGAUAAACAGAUGGCUUUGGAUGAUGCAAUGGAACAAUUGCAUGAUCAGCAGGCAGCAAAUAUAAAAUCAAGUGAACUUUUGGGUUGCGCUCAAAUAAAUCUGGAAGAAUUAGAGGUAGAACGAGACAUGUUACAAGAUCAGAUUAAAAACAGAGAAAAUGAAUGCGAGGCUGCCAAUGCCGAAAAUAAAGAUUUGAAUAGAAAAUUGAACAAGGUGUUGGAAGAUUGUGAGAAUAUGAAGAAACGAGUUGAAGAUUACGAGGAGAAGAUUGAUGAAAUUCAAAAGCUUAUGAAAAUAAUUGCUCAGCUAAAUGAUAAGAACGAAUAUUAUGUUAAAUACUGUGAUUACUAUAAAAUGAAAUGUUCGGAUUACGAGAACGAAGUCGGCGAAUUGCAGUGUAUCAAUAAAAAGUAUAUUGAGCAAAGUGGAAAAUACGAUUGUUUAUUACAGAAAUAUGAAACAUUGCAAAAUGAAAAUAAUGCAUUGCAAAAUAAGAUUUCCGAACAAAGUGAUUUGAUUGGUCCAUUUAGAGAUCAAUUGGAAUCAUACGAGUUGGAGCACAGGGAACUAUUGAACCAGAAGAGUGAGGCGGAAUUGGAGGCGAAAAACAUCGGCAUGAAAUAUGCCCAAUUACUAGGAAACCAGAACCACAGGGAGAAAAUAAAGCAUCUGAAUAAGUUGCAAGCGCAGAACUACACACUUAACGAGAGCAAUAAGGAAAUGGAGAUUAAAAUGAAGUCUCAAGCGAGGAUGAUCGAAAAACUGAAACGCGAUUUAGCCGAUUUGACCAAGUCUCCAAGAAAAACGAAAAUCCACGGAACAGAUAAAGAAAACCUGAACAGUCCCAACAGAACCUUAAAUAGCUCAAGAAUUGAAAGUCCCGGCGGUCCGCUGCGAGAAAGGAACUAACUAUAAUCUUUCUAUAAUCUCUAUCUCUUUAAUACAUUUUUUUAAAAUUAUUUAUAGUUAAUGUUUGGAUAAUGUUGUCUGUUUGUUAUUAAUUCUUUGGUGGAAAAAAAUAGAAGAAAAAAUCGGUUUGCACGUUUGUAUAAAUUUUAUGAAAUGUUUCGUUGAAAAUUAGAAAUCAAGUGUUUGUUCGUAGUUUGAGUAUUUCGAUAUAGUCCUAUUUUAUAUUUAUA